AUGUUACCUCGUCGAACGCUUGUUGCUCCAGAACAUUCACCAUUAAUUAUUGUUGAUAAACCAUCAGCUUAUUCUGAACGCUUUGACUUUAUUGGUGCGAUGAAUGGAUCGCACGCAAUUGCUUGCAUGACUUUAACACCUACCGAUCGUAGAAAUAGAAAUGUCAAAGGUGUCAGAAAAGAAGUAGUCAAUGAAUGGAUUGUCGAUACAUUAGCACCAGCAAUUAAUCAAUUAGGUACUGAUAACAUGUAUUUGAUAUGUGAUAAAAGUCGAGCUCAUAACAAGACAAAUAUGAUGCAAGCAUUAAAGGCUGAAAUAGAAAUCAUAUUUACGGAUGCACUGGAAUCUGGUGAUCGAGCAAAAGCAAUGAAACGUCUGCGUGUUCCACCUCUUGAUGAAAAAGGUUCAUCAAAGGUAGCAUUUCGUUUUGGAAUGCUUGUCGGAAUGCUCUGCCUUUUAUUACUAAUUUUAUCCAUACUUGCCACUCAAUUAAAUACAAGUCAAUCCAACCAUCCGCUAGCCUGGCGUCCGGCACUUCUUCUAUACCGUUCUACAUGUUUGAUUAUUAUUCAUAUUAUUUUUGCCGGCAUUAAUAUUUAUGGUUCGUCAUCAUCUGGUGUCAAUCAUGUUCUUAUAUUUGAAAUCGAUUCACGCCAUCAUUUAACCUAUCAACGUGUACUUGAAAUUGGAACAUACCUUUUUGUUUUCUGGUUUCUCAGUUUUAAUGGAUUCAUUCUUGCAUCGUAUUUCGAUUGGUAUCCUUUUAUACAGCCACUCUUAUUCACUGCAUUAAUGAUUCUCUUUAUUAUCAAUCCAAUACCAAUACUAUAUCGUAGGACACGCUUCUGGUUUUUAAAAAAAUUAGCUCGUGUUUUUUUGGCUCCUUUCCAUUCUGUUGGUUUUACCGAUUUUUGGCUAGGUGAUCAGCUUACUUCACUUGAAUUAAUAUUUUACGAUUUAGAAUCGUUCUUCUGUUUCUAUAUUUCUCAUCGUCAAUGGUGGUCAUCAAAUUUAACAUCUCCAGCAGUACAUAAGGGCCUAUUUUGCAUAGGUUGGUCCGAGGUUUUCUUACAAACUAUCCUUCUAAUGCUACCAUCUUGGUUUCGUUUUGCACAAUGUUUACGACGAUAUCAUGAUAGUAAACAUACAUUUCCACAUUUGGUCAAUGCAGGUAAAUACGCUGCUGGCUUUUUCAUUAUAAUUACCAACUCCUUACGACGUGCUACCAUUACCACGUAUGAUGAUAAUGAAAUGAAAAAUCUAUUUCUUUACAUAUGGGUUAUUACUACGAUUGUUGGUUCUACCUACAAACUUGUCUGGGACCUCAAAAUGGAUUGGGGUUUUUUCGAUAAAAAUCCCGGUGUCCAUAAGUAUUUACGCGAUCAUCUUGUUUAUUCACGAAAAAUUUAUUACUAUGCAGCUAUUGUAGAAAAUAUUUUAUUUCGAUACAUUUGGACAAUCAAUAUAUUUAUUCAUUUUCAUGAACAAUCAGCCGAAUACGCUGAUUUGAUCGGGUUUUAUUUUGGUGUCGCCGAAAUAUUUCGCAGAUUUAUUUGGAAUUUUUUUCGUUUGGAAAAUGAACAUUUGAAUAAUUGUGGUCAAUUUCGUGCUGUACGUGACAUUUCAAUUUCACCGAUCUCGACGAAUAUCGAUUGUGGAUUCAUUGGCUAUAAACGAAAAGAAAAACCAGGCACUCAACGUUGA